AUGUCUUCAGGAUCAGGCGCAUCGGGGCCCCAUGUCGAUGGAAGUAAAACGUGGAAGCGGAUGACUUUCUUAACCAUCUCGUCUUUUGGAACUCAAUUCGUGUGGUCAGCCGAAAUGAGCCAAGCCUCGCCCUAUCUUCUAUCAUUAGGGAUCUCGAAGAGUCAGGUAGCCCUGGUCUUGAUGGCUGGCCCGCUGAGUGGUUUAUUUACACAGCCUAUAGUCGGUUUGUAUGGAGACCGAAAUCCACACCGCCUAGGGAGGAGGAGACCGUUCGUAAUCUACGGAGGUGUGGCUUCAACCCCGUUUCAGCUAAGAAAGAGAUCAAAAGAGAAAACGAAAGGAAGAAAAGAAAUUCAGAUGCUGACGCAGCACUUGUGUUCUCAAGGUCUGUGCGUCCUGGUAUCUUUGUUUACGUUUGCUUGGUGCAAGGAAUUGGCCGCGUUGAUCAUUCAUACAGGUACCCCAGCCCAUCAAAGCUUGUCCGCACUGCUAGCUGUGAUUGCUUUCUAUGCUCUGGACAUCUCGAUCAAUAUAGUGACGGUGUCGAACAAAUGUUUGAUCAUAGAUGUCUUGCCCUCUCUGGAGCAGCAAUUAGCGAACGCCUACGCGUCACGGUUCAGCGGAGUUUCGGCGAUCCUGACGAUGCUGAUCUCCCUAGUCGACCUGCCGAGCCUGUUCGGUGUCUCGAGUAGCCAACUCAAGAUGAUCAGCUUUAUCGGCGGCCCGAUCUUUUUGGUGUCCCAUUUGGCGAUGUGUUUGACUGUCCAUGAGGCGCGUUUUGUGGCGGAUGAUGGCGGCGGGAGGGGGCGGUCUUCGAUGGUGAUCACGGCGACUUUGAGGAGGUUCUGGGAGGCGUGGCGGGCGCUGGACGGGACGAUUGUGAAGCCGAUAUGCUGGAUCCAACUGUGGGCAUGGCUGGGCUGGUUCCCGGUGAUGUUUUAUUCGACGACGUGGAUUGGCGAGACCUGGACGCGGAGGAGCGGGGCGACGGGGCCGGAUGAGGAGAAGGCGACGCGGAUCGGGACCAUCGGGCUGCUCGUCCAGGCCGUCCUCUCCCUCCUUGGGUGGCUGUUCAUCCCCCGGAUCGUCUCCGCCUUCAGAGAUAAGCAGUAUGGCCGGACAAGCGACGGCGGCAAAACCUUGAUCGAUCUGUGGGGCGGUGGCCAGAUCUGCUUCGGCUUCAUGCUCCUCAUCAGUCCUUUCUGCGAAGACAGCGUGGCCCUAUCGAUCGGCUUGAUCGGCGCUUGUGGAAUUCCUUGGGCUAUCACUUGUUGGGUCCCCUUUACACUUUUGGGAGAAUCGUUACUACACAAGGCAGAAUUGGCAACUCCAGCCGGGAAUGGAUUCAGGUUGUUACCAGAUACCGAUCAGCAACCAGUUUCCCCGCGAGACCAGAUUGUAUCUUCUGGACAUCACUCUUCGAGCAUACCACUGAAGCCGAUGUCAGAAGACCCAGUACGGUCAUCCUCGGCUCCGGACAGCAAUGCGGGCACGAAGCCGAUGAGCCAUGCGCGUAAGUCGGAAGAAUCAGAAGAAGAAGGAGUGAUGGAGGACGAGUGCCUUGAUGGGGGAGUCGAGAGAGAGGAUGAAGGGAGUCAGCUGGCCGGCACGGUGCUUGGGAUCCACAACGUCUUCAUCGUUCUGCCCCAGUUCCUGAUCUCCUGCCUCUCCUCGGUCUUGUUCAAGCUCCUCGAGUCCGACCAGCCUCCCUCCUCCUCCACUCCGAAGACACGCGGGGUCAGCGAGAUCGGGAUAAUCUUUAGGUUGGGCGGAGUUGCAUCAUUGGUUUCUGGUUUGUUUUGUUGGAAACUGGGUCGGCUGAUCCAUAAGCAAUCCUUAUCGUCAUGA